CUCUUCCCCUGUUUCUCCCCUCCCUCUCUCACAGAAGUUACUCCAUGGCUUCCAUCUCUGCAACUUUGCUUCUCUUCAACCUUAUUUCAAUCGCUAUUUCUCCAUCGCUCUCUGCAUCAGUCGUAGAAGACUUAAAUAACCUACAACCACCUCCAGAUUUCAAUACAACAAUCUCAAACAACUGUGUCAGAGACCCAGCUUUAAGAUACUGCAAGUAUAUCUCCAUAGACCUUGAAGAAAUUUUCAAAUCCACAAUCGUUGCAGCCCAUCUAUGCAACGAAUCAAAGAACCCUAAUUGUGUUGAAUCCUUCCCAAAAAUUGAUCUUCGAAGUAGCCCAAAGAUUGCGCCACUGUACUUAUCCUUCAGCUUCUUCUGGAAGUACUGCCCCCUAACCAUUCUCUCCAUUGAUCUCUCCAAUAACUCCAUCCAUGGUCCUGUCCCUUUGGAAAUUCUCAACUGCACUCAAAUCCAAGCCCUUGAUCUGAGCCAUAAUCAACUCACAGGAGACCUCCCUAUAGAAAGGUUUAGUCCUCUAACUAAUCUCAGUCUUCUCAAUCUCUCUUACAACCACUUCUUUGAAAGUAAACUCUCAGAUUCUCACUUCUUCGCAAGGUUCAAUUCCUCUAGCUUUCUUCACUCGGGUUUGCUUCCGGACCAUAGCGGAUUCAGAAUCAAGGCCGUGAUCUUUCUCAUCGGUUUCCCAAUCUUUGUUAUUCUGUUAGUCGGUUGCUGGAGUUGGCUCUGCUUCUGCCGGCCGGAUAUCUUGCCAUCAGUCUUCAGGCAACGGCACAAAUUCACGCCGUCAAUGCUAAAAGCAGCAACAGCAGGGUUCUCAGAGAGAAACUUGGUGGGGAGGAGCAGAGGAGUUGAAAUUUAUAAAGGAGUUCUUAGAGAUAAAACAGAAGUCCGGAUUGAGAUCUAUAAAGAGAAGAUUUCAAGAGAACAGUGCAGUAAAUUUGUGAAGGAAUGUAAGGUUUUUGUUCAAUUGAGUCACAGAAACUUGGUUAGAGUGAUGGGUUGGUGCAAUCAGGGUAGACUGAGAGUUAUUAUAACAGAGUGGAUAGAUGGGGAGAACAUUGAGAUGUGGCUAUCUGGGUCUCCACCAUGGAAACACAGGUUGAAGGUCUUGAUGGGGGUUGUGGAUGGAAUGAGUUAUAUGCAAGAACAAUGGCCUGAAAUUGGGUAUGAUCUCAGGACAAGUGGUGUUAUGUUAUCACAGGAACGUGGGCCAUUGAUUUCAAGGUUUAAGGUUGGAGAGCAAAAUGGAAACACAAAGAAGAUUUACAGGUUUGGACUAUUUCUCUUAGAGAUGAUAACGAACAGGCGGCCCCAGGAAGAGUUUGAGAAGGGUGAGACAGGUUUUAUUGAGUGGGUAAGUAUGCACUACCCUGACAACAUGCAGAAGGUGAUCGAUGAGCGAAUGAAGAAGACAGGAACUAUGUAUGAGCAAGCUAAAGAGGGAAUUGGGGUAGCUUUGAUGUGCACAGAUCUCUCAAUGGGUCAUCAGCCAAGCUUGACUCAGAUCUCUAACAUGUUGAAAGCCUUUGAGUCCCCUCUGGUUUCUUCCAAUAAUAAGAAAUCCCACAGAGAAAGAGGUGAAAAUCACAGACAAUGAAUUGCUUGGAUGUAUGAAGAUCACACUCCUUG